AUGUCUUCCCAAGCCGAGGGCACCUUUGAGGUAGACGGUGUGUCGCUUUACACCAAGACCUGGACGCCUAGUGGCCCGACCAAAGCCAGGCUCAUCUUCAUCCACGGCUUCAGCGAGCACAUCAAUCGCUACAAUGACUUUUUCCCGACGCUCGCUGCGGCCGGCAUCCAGGUAUUCGGCUUCGACCAGCGCGGCUGGGGCCGAUCAGCCAAGGACAAGUCAGACUGGGGUCUGACUGGGCCCACGGCUCGCGUCGUGGCGGACGUGGCUGCCUUUAUCAAGCACAACACCACCGAGGAGGUACCCGUCUUCGUCAUGGGUCAUAGCAUGGGCGGAGGCGAGAUCUGUACCCUCAUGGCCGACGAGAAGUACACCGACGUGGUCAGGAGUGUGCGUGGCUGGAUCUUGGAAUGCCCCUUUAUCGGAUUCACAAAGAAUGCCGAGCCCAGCACUAUCAAGAUCAUGCUGGGUCGCCUGGCUGGCAUGGUGCUCCCGCGUCAUCAGCUCCAGCACGUGGUGCCGCCAGAGGAUCUCUCCCGCGACCAGGCCGUCGUGGAAUCGAUUCGCAACGACCCUCUCUGCCACAACACAGGUACGCUGGAAGGUCUGGCCUCCCUCUUGGACCGUACCGCGCAUCUGUCGUCGGGCACGGUCAAAGUGAGUAAGAAUGUCAAAAGCAUCCUGUUGCAGCACGGCACGGGAGACUUGACUUGCAGUUUCGACGCGGCCAUGACAUGGCUGGAGCAACAGACCGAUGUGGAUGACAAGGUGGCAAAGCCCUAUGAGGGAGGCUAUCAUCAGUUGCACAGUGAUCUGUGCAAAGAAGAGUUUGGUCAGGAUCUCGUAGCGUGGAUCCUUGAAAGGAGUGAGGGCGGUGGUAGGGCAGUGGAGGCUAGGCUUUGA